UUGUAAAAAUUUUGGUUGCAAAAGCUAGUUUUUGUUGUAGUGUGGGAAGAUCAAAGAAAGCUGUCUUUCAAAAUCUGCAGGAAAGAGUCAGAAGCAAACUCACAAAUUGGAAGAGCAGGUAUUUCAGUGAGGCAGGGAAAGAAAUCCUUAUUAAAAGUAUCGCUCAAGCUCAAACCACUUAUGCAAUGUCUGUUUUUAGAAUCCCUGAUGGAAUAAUUGAUGAUAUUCACAGCCUUAUGGCAAACUACUGGUGGGGGCAGAAAGGAACUGAAAGAAGAAGUCACUGGAAAAAGUGGGAGAAACUGUGCAGACCAAAGGAAGAUGGAGGGAUGGGGUUCAGGGAUCUCAAGAUAUUCAAUAAAGCCAUGCUUACAAAGCAGCUUUGGAACAUUCAUGUUAGGCCUACCUCUUUGGUGGCUCGGCUGCUUAAAGCAAAGUACCACCCACGUACUGGAGGAGCUUAAUGGGAGCUUUGGACCUAUUGAAUUUUGAAGCCAUUGGAAAAUUGGUUCUGGAGAGGAAGUCAGAAUUUGGGGAGAUAAAUGGGUCCCUAAUCUGGUUACUCAUGAGGUUUGCUCCUACUGCCCUUUCCUGGAUUGGGACGCCAAAGUUUCUAGCCUUAUUGAUCAAGAGACAAGAACAUGGAGACAGGACUUACUUGAGAUCAUAUUUUCCGAGGAAGAACAACAUGCAAUAUUGGAAAUUCCCCUAUCUCCAGUCAUUGAUAAGGAUAUCUUAUGCUGGAUGGAAUCUGAAGAUGGGAACUACUCUGUCAAAUCUAGCUAUCUUACAUAACAGAGAAGAAGGCUGGAGGAAAGUAUAGGAGGCAUGUCAGCUACAGAAGAAGGCUUCUGUUGGAAAGAGUUAUGGAAACAAAAGAUACCAGGAAAAAUUAAAACUUUCAUCUGGAAAGCUGCUCAUAAUAUCCUUCCCGUGGGAGUCGAAAUCAGUAAAAAAAGUCAAGCAAAUGGAUGAUGAAUGUCCAAAUUGUGGCCUUAGAGAAACCCUUAAACAUUGUCUGGUGGACUGCAGCUGGAACACUAGAAUCUGGAGUAAGACCCCCUGGCAGAUAUGUUCUGCUCUCUACUCUGGUUUUUCUGGAAAGACAUGAACAACUUCCUUUUUAAUAACAAAUUUAUGCAGGAAUGGGAGGUGUUUCCCCGUGCGGAUGAUUUUAUCCAGUGUUUCAUGGAAGUUCAGGGGAAGGAUGAUACGUUCAUAAGACAGAACUGUAGGGAAAAUUGCAAGUGGAAAAAACCUCCAGUUGGAGUCUUUAAACUGAACACAGAUGCUGGAAUUACAAGCAGGGGGAAGUGGGUCUGGGUUGCAUUUUAAGGGACUGGAAUGGAGCUGCUGUGUUUGCAGCAAACAAGAGAGUCAAAGUUAAAUGGCCACCAGAUGUGGCUGAAGGAAUGACUGUUCUGUUCGGCUUGAAGUUGGUGGCUGAUUGGGGAGGUGGAUCUGUUGUUGUGUAGUCGGAUUGCAAGAAGAUUAUUCAUCUGCUUAAGAGUGCAAAGAUUUGCAGAACUGAAGUGGGCAUCGUUUGUGAAGACAUUUUGAGAUUGGUUGAGAAUUUGGAUAUUAGAGAUUGGUUGUUUACCUACAGGGAGGCUAAUAGUGUGGCUCAUCAGUUGGCUCACUUAACUUCUGAUUCUGAGGAAGUGUUGUUUUGGAACAAUUAUUAUUCGUGUAUAAUUGCUGAUGUUGUAGCCCUUGAGGCAUCCUUUUCUUGAUUUAAUAAAAUCCAAUCAGCUUUCCCCUAAAAAAAAGAUAUAUAUGGGGAAUUCUUUAGUGUAGUGACUCCACUGAUGCAUUCCAUUUUCACUGGUUACAGCCGGUUUUUGUCUUUCUCCGUUAUUGGGCUACGGGAGCAUAGAACAAAUAUUUCUAGAUUUUUGUAGUUUUUCGUUAAAUACUUGGGUUAAUAUAAUUGCAUGGCAAGUGGCCUGAACUUUUUACAUAAUAAAACAUCCUUGCCAAUUUUUUCGAUUUAUAACAUCAUGGCCUGAACUAUACACCAAAGUAACGAAAUUGGUCAAACGCGAAAAUUGACCGUUAUCUUGGACGGUAAAAUGCGUUGACUAAUGGUCAACAUGCCACGUCACCGCAAUAAUAUUUUUAUAUUUUCCAUUUUGAAUGCAAAAAAAAUUGAAAAUUGAAUUCUGGGUCUAAAAUUCAUUUUUCAAUUUUUUUGGAUUCAAAAAUGAAAAAAAUAAAUAGUAAUAGGUGAAAAAUAUAAAUAAAAAAAUUGACCAUAAUAUUUAUUAUAUGAAAAGUUGAGGCCAUACAAAUAUAUUAACCCUACAUACUUUACACAAAGAUCAUUUAAUAUUUGUUUCUUCGUGUUUUGUACUUUCGUCCAAUGUUUUUUCCCCUCAAUUGAGACCCAUGAAAAGAAACAUAUUAAGGGUUAAAGUAAAUAUGAGUCAAUUUU